AUGGUCCUCACGGGCCAAUACACGUACACAACCACUCCCCAGUAUACCACUGCGGCUACUACCACUACCACUCCCCAGUAUACCACUGCGGCUACUACUACUACCACUACCACUACCACUACUACUACUACUACUGCCACGACCCGGUGUAGCAGGCUGCACAAUAUGGUUGUAUCGGAAUUAAUCGCGCAAAAUAUGCCCGGCCUGAUUACCUAUAAUUGUUGCCCUACCGUAACUGACUGUACCUGCCCCAUUACACUACCGGCUUGUUCCACUCUACUACCCCCCGGACCUUUGGUGAUUCGUGUUCGUGGGCCUGACCAAGUGCGUGACAAAUCUCGUGGAUUACACCAGGUACUUCAUGGUGGUGGAAGUCUGGGAUCCAGGACUACACCACUUGCAUUGAGAGUCACGGAUCGGUCCGACGAUAAUGCCAACUGCGACUUUCAGUUCACCAACAUUGUGGUGGAGCGGCCCACCAUUGUGGAUGAGAACCGCAAGAUACACUACCUCACCCCCCGCGAGGCCAAGAUGCGCGACAUCUCGUACGAGGGCACGGUGUACGUGGACAUUUACAUCCAGAACGGCGCCAAGGUCAACCAGGUGUGUCGCUACCCAUUCAUGAAACUCCCCAUCAUGGUCGGGUCGCAGCUCUGCAACACCCGGUGCUCGUACCUGCCCACGGUGUCCGAGACCGACAUCCGCGGCUACUUUAUUAUUCGCGGGAAGGAGCGCGUCCUGGUAUCUCAGGAGCGCAUGGCCUACAAUGUCCCCAUGUGUUUCCGCAAGAACGGUACCGUGACCGUGGAGAUGCGCAGCAUGUCGAGCGCAACGUCCCACAGCACGCUCAACAAGAUGAGCCUUAGCAUUAAGGACUUCAACCUUCACGCCUCGUACAUGGUGCCGUGCAUCAACCAGAGUGUCGACAUGUACCAGCUCAUGGGUAUGUUGGAUAUCUCCGAGCCCGAGAUCUGGGCUCACGUGGACCGACCAGACUCCCAGAAGAACGCCGUGCUGUUGGAACGCUUUGUGCGUGGCUACACCAUUCACCUCGCCGCCCUUGCUCCCCACCCGACAUGCUCCAAAGGCGCCCGCACCAAUAUCCAGAUCAAAAAGGUCGUCGAGGAGGAGCUGUUCCCCCACCUGGGCCAGUUUAUCCGGCGCGGCGAUAGUGUGAUCACCGUGCUCGACAUGCUCAACC